CGCGAGUUGGAGAACUCCACGGAUUCCAAUCUGAGCAUGGAGAUCGCCCGCGCUCAGGGAGCUCGUAGUAGCGGAGGGCUGUCAAUCAACCCUUAGCCUAGUUGUUGGUCGGUGAGGAGGAGAUUCUCUGGGUUCCGUAUAGUUUAUUGGACUUGCAUUUGCAGCAACCCCAUUAGUUCCUAUGCUCUUUGAUGGAACACCAGUUAGGUGCCAUGUCGUCAAUACGUGGCAGCAACUAUGUAGCGACACCUGUGAAAGUUAGUUUUGAGUGAGGCCUUAGCAACGGGAACUGCAGAGAGGCGAGGGGAGGAGAGGAGAAUGCAUGGACGGACGGACACCCUUAUCCACGGGGGGGGGUUUUGAUUCAGUCGAGUAGACCUAAUUGGUAGGCGAAACGCGAUCGAUAAUCGACAAUGGACGGGUCGCAUCGCCGCGGCAUCGUCGCACUCCUCCUCGUAGCAGCGUUUGCGCUUUCGUGGCCUCUAACGGCUAGCACGGCUGCCGUGAAUCUCAAUCCGGCGCAAGCGGCGGUGCUGAGGGAGUGCCAGCAGCAAUGGGCGGUGCAGCUGCCCGGGUGGGCCACGGCGGGGAACUGCACCGCAGUGCCUGGCGCGGAUUGCGACUGCGCCACAGUGUAUGGCGUCCAGUGCGACGCUGACGGCUCAAUCGUUAGCAUGCACGUGACUGAGCAGCCUCUCAACGGCCCUGUACCCAGUGUCCUCGGCGAGCUCACCACUCUCACAUAUCUCCGUAUUUCAAAAACCGACCUCAUUGGCUCCAUCCCAGAUGGCCUCUCUAGCCUAGUGCGCUUGCAGCACUUGGAUCUGAGCUACAACAGCAUUACAGGGUCCAUUCCCCAGGCCAUCUCGAGCCUCACCAGUCUCACGGUGCUGUGCGUCUCAUCCCUCCUCCUCACCCUUGCAUGCACCGCGUUCUCUUGCCUCAUACAUGCACUAUGCCAUGUCGAGCCUCACCGAUGUUGUGGUGCUGUGCGUCGUCUCUCCUCUCCUCUUACCCUUGCACCGCGCUCUCUUGUCUCAUACAUGCACUAUGCUAUGCGCUGCUGCCCCACUCCACCUCUCAAACCUCCCAUGCCGCGCUCCAGUCCACCCACCGACUCCAUGCCAUGCAAGAGAGCGUCUGUGUGCAUGCAGGGGACUCAGCUACAUGGACUUAACAGGCCCCUUUCCAUCAUGGAUAACUGCCCACGUCAGACUGAACUACGUGUGCGGAUUCAUCCCUUCCCUUUCACCUUGUGUUUGUUCUGUCACUGCUGCUGCUCAUCUCUAAGCCUGGUGGGCAACCGGAUCAGCGGAUCCAUGCCGGAAUCACUUGGCAGCGUUAUCAACCUCAACGUCUUCAACCUGGCCACUAACUUCUUGACCGGCUCCAUUCCCCUCAGCCUCUCCCGCUUCUCGCUGCUGCAGAUCCUGGAUCUGGGAGACAACAAGUUGAACGGACCGCUGCCAUCCUGGAUCACGCGGAUGGCCACUCUAGAGAAGCUUGACUUGAGCCGCAACAAUUUCGCCGGCUCCCUGCCUGCUGGCCUAGGCAGCCUGCAGCAGCUCACGUACCUCAACGUGUCUGGCACAUCGCUCGCCUGCCCUCUGCAUGCCUCCACCUGUGUGGUCUCCCAGUCGAGUGCCUCUCCCUUCUGCCUCCAGUGCCCCUCCUUCUGCUCCUCGUGCUCUUCUGCUGCUGCAGCCUCGUCUGCCCCGGGCAUGGGCGCCGCCCCCACGGCCUGCCAGCAGUUCCCCCUCGACGUGGUCACCACCACCACAGGCGACUGGGCCGAGUGCAACCUGCUGGGUUCGGGGGGCUUUGGCGAAGUGUACAAGGGCGUGUCGCCCCUCGAUGGCACCUCGCUGUGGGCUGUGAAGCGCGCCAAAUCGAUCACCACCGACUUCAGGUGGGCCAGAUGGCGUCGAAGCACCACCCGAAUCUGGUGCGGCUGCUGGGGUUUGCAGUGGGCGGCGAUGUGAACACUCGCGUGGAGAACGUUCUCGUCUACGAGUUCAUCGCCAAUGGCGACAUGAAGAGGUGGAUGGGGCCAGACGCCCCUGCGGUCCUGACCCUGCAGCAGCGGCUGCACAUCUUGGUAGGGGUAGCGCGGGGGUUGGAGUACCUGCACAAGUUUGGCAUGGUGGAUCGCGACAUCAAGCCACCCAACAUCCUCAUUGAUGAAAACAUGCAGCCCAAGGUGGCAGACUUUGGGCUGGUGCGAGCAGGGACGUCACGGGCUUGCAUUCCACACGACUGCUUGGCACGGUGGGCUACAUGGACCCGGCGUACACCAGAACGCACAACGUCACCACCGCCACGGAUCUCUACAGCUUUGGCAUCCUCAUGCUGGUGAUGUUGUCAGGCAGAGAAGCCGUAAUCACCACCAAACACAAGCAGGACGAUGGCUCCAACUGUCAUGCAGAUCACAACGAGGACCCCAUCACCAUUCUCCAAUGGGCAACGGAGCUUAUGUCGGAGAGCAAAGUAUCGAGUCUUGGGGACCCGCGCAUGGCAGCAGUGCCUGAGGCCAUCAUCUCGCGCCUGGCCCAGCUGGCCAUGGCCUGCACUGCAAUGCCCACGGCCUCGCGCCCCUCCAUGUCGCAGGUGGCGCAGGACCUGGAGGCGCUCCGGGCGGACAUGGGCGGGGGGGAUACAAGAGCAGAGGGAGCCGCGCUGGUGGACGAGAAGAUGGUGGGUGUGCGCCCAGUGAGGACCAUGGAUGAGGAUCAGGGCCUCAGAUUGGUUUUGAGGUACCCUGAUUGCUCAGGGUCCCCCCUGUCAAACAUGUUUAUUGAUCAUGUUUGUAUAGACUGUAUAGGGUAACCUCCUAGAGGGUACAACAUUUAGG